AUGCUUCCUCAGGCGAAAACUGCAGUCACUGAUGUCGUGCUUCUUGACAGUGACAGUGACGACGACGCUAGAGGAGCAGGAGGAAGAAGAGGAGGAGGAGCGUUUCAGAGCUUGGCGCCUGUAAUGGAGAAUCAGCAGGUUGCAAGUACGAUUGCUGAUACGACGGUGGCUCCUCGGGAAACCCUAGAAUGCCGGAGCUUCUGGAAGGCCGGAGAUAACUUUGCGAUCCAGAAAGUUGUUACUCCGGCUGCUCCAGGUAUGCUCGAGCACGCUCGCAUUCAUCCCAAGUUUCUCCACUCGAAUGCUACUUCACACAAAUGGGCCUUUGGAGCAAUCGCAGAGCUACUUGACAAUGCUGUUGAUGAGAUACAAAACGGUGCUACUUUUAUCAAGAUUGAUAAGAUCGAUAUUGUCAAAGAUAAUUCUCCGGCUUUAGUUUUCCGAGAUGAUGGUGGCGGGAUGGAUCCGGAUGGGAUCAGAAAAUGCAUGAGCUUAGGCUACUCAUCUAAGAAGUCUAACACGACAAUUGGACAAUAUGGGAAUGGUUUCAAGACAAGUACCAUGAGGCUUGGAGCUGAUGCCAUCGUUUUUAGUCGCUCAACUCGUGGAGGCAAGUCUACCCAGAGCAUCGGCCUUCUGUCUUACACGUUCCUUAGGAAAACUGGCCAGGAUGAUGUGAUUGUUCCUAUGAUUGAUAUGGAUAUAUCCAACGGUCGGCCCCAACCAAUUAUCUAUGGAUCUCCCGAGGAUUGGUCUACCAACCUUAACAUUCUUCUCAAAUGGUCUCCGUUUACAACAGAGGACGAACUUUUUCAGCAGUUCGAGGAUAUUGGAACGCAUGGAACGAAAGUAAUUAUAUACAACUUGUGGCUCAAUGAUGAAGGAAUCUAUGAGUUGAGUUUUGAUGACGAUGAUGAGGACAUACGGCUCCGAGAUGAAAAUGCCAUUGAUGCUAAACGGGUGCAUCAGAAAACACUAGAAAUAAGAUCUCAUAUUUCAUACCGCUUACGACAUUCUCUUCGGGCGUACGCUUCCAUGUUAUAUCUCAAAAAGUUCAAGAACUUCAAAAUCAUACUUCGGGGAGUCCCUGUGAAGCAAUAUAACAUUGCUGAUGAAUUCAGAUAUCCAGAGACUAUAAUGUACAAACCCCAAGUAGCUACAAUGGGAUAUGCUGCCUCUGAAAUUAAAGUUGGAUUCAUCAAGGAGGCACCUAAACUUCCUGUUAGCGGUUUCAAUGUCUAUCACAAAAACCGUCUCAUCAAGCCUUUCUGGCAGGUCUUUAUGGAAGUUUCAUCGAGAGGCAAUGGUGUUGUCGGUGUUCUUGAAGCAAACUUCAUAGAACCAGCGCACAAUAAGCAAGGAUUUGAGAGGUCUUCUCUAUAUCUGCGGCUGGAAGCGAGACUGAAAAAGAUUAUCCCAGAAUACUGGUUAAGCCACUGCCACUUUUUCGGAUACCGAACUCAGCAUUCGCCUGCAGAUAUCUCGAAAAGGAUAACAAUACCUGAUCAACCUCCUACUGUCAGUACAUUCAACCAAAGACCUUCGCCUUCUGAUAAAACUAGUCAAGCUGGUCCGAUAAUACGUGAAAUCAGUCUUAGUAAUGGCACGUCGACCCGUACAGUUGCUGUUGCAUCGCCACAUAUGAGACAUUCCUCGGGUUUAAGAUAUAACUUCGAACCCGUGCAGCUCAACGCUCAACCUGCAGCAGCUACCGAUACUGGAAACAUCCUCGGUGGCAAGUCAGCAGAAGAGAUAAGCGUGGAAAACUUACAGCUCUUCAUAAAGUGCGAGGAAUAUAUACAGAAAGAGACUGAAAUGGAACAGACGGUAAAGAACUUAGAAAAGGAACUGGAAGAAGCUAAAAGCAAAUGUGCACAACUUGCUCUGCUUGUAGAUGCUAAGAAGAAGGAGAUGCAACAAGCCUAG